AAGUCACCUAAACAUUUGUGUGUUUUGAUGAGUGGAUCAUUAAUUUGCAAAACGUCAACUAUUCAACUAAAAACAUUGCAAAGGCAAAGAUUAUUAUUUCAAAUUAAAAUGUAGGUGAUUCAAAAAGUCUCUCUGCUUGGAAAAAAAUAUGUUGGAAAGUCUACACGUGAAUAUUAAAUAUUUUCCAUAUUAAUUCCGAAUUCUGUGUUGUGUGAGUGCAAUAAAAUGUUCAGCAAGAAAAAUCUGGUGGACAUCAAAAAGUCAACAGCCAAAUUACAAGAUCCUAAAAAGGACGUUGCCACAAGAAUUAAGCACUUAAAACUCAUAUUAGAUAAUGUGGACACGGCAGAGGCAAAGGGGCUCUUUGAAGCAAACUUUAGUCAUAUCUACAACAUUCUUUACGAGAGUUUCCUCCAAAUGGAAUCUAAUCUACGACAGCGAGAGCUGUCAUUUCAUUUGGUUCACAAAGCGCACAAGGAAGAACUGGAUUGUACCUUAUGGAUACUGGAACAAGUAAUCUGUCUUUUGCCAGAAUUAAUUCACAGAAGAUGGCAGCUGCAUUCUUUGGGCCGGAUGUUGGCCAAAUUGUUGCAUGCUGGAAACUCUUUGAAAUUAAGAAGACAAGGGAUAAAAUAUUUCCUUCUGUGGUACCAAGCUUUAAACGACAAUGCCCCAGAAUACGUCCACAAAAUGUUUGCUUCUCUAGUGCCAGAAUUCAACAACCAUCUUGCUGUUAGCACUGCUCAAAGUAGCGGCAGUGUUUUCCAUGAUGCGCAACAUCCGGUUAGUGCACCGGAAAUGUUGCCAAUUUUACCACCAUCUAGUGGAGAGAAACCACCUGAACACCCUAGCAGAUUUUAUCUAGAAGCUCUCUUAGAUCACAUGGUACACACUGUUGUGAAAUUAGAAUGGCAAGACAAAACAUCUCAUCAUCACAGAUGUUUCAGUUUUCUAUUGGAACAAUUUAAAAUCUACUAUUUACCAAAAGUUUGUCCAGGUUUUAAUGUUGAAACGUCACUUUACCAGCCCAAUUUAGAUUUGCCAAUGUUGAGGAAAAUGGAAAACGAAACAGAUUUUAUGUUUUGUCGAGUUUCUUUGAUUAUGUGGGUGACUAAUUAUAUACAUCAACCAAAACGUGAUCAUCACGGCAGCCAGAACAAUCCACAAGGGUCGAACCCUUCUCACCACCAAAGUCAUGGUGCUCACCCUGGGACUCCAGUGCAUGACGAUGAUAAUGAUUCAGCUCAUCCCAGUUUAGAUUCAACUGUAUCAAUUCAAACAAGUAAAACUACAAGUGAUUUAGAACUGGCUCAACAAAUUAUCCGAGAUGUCUUGUGCUCUACCAGAGAUAACGUUAAUUUUGUCCAUGAACUAUAUAGACAAGCAUUUUUACUAAAUUUCAAUCAUGUUGUAGCAAUAAGAAAAAUUAUAUCAGUAUACAAAGACUUAAUUCAAGGGAACGUUACGGAGUUACCUCCGUUUGCUUUAGAACCUGAUGAAAUUACAAAGAAUCAAAUUGAUUUGUCUGAUCAUGGCAGAAUUGGUAGAUUAAGGAAUGAUUCUUAUUUGGGUGCAAUACAUAAAGAAAAUGUUUUGGUUAGGGCUGGAAUGCAGAAUCUAUAUCAACUUUUCAUGACGCACGCUGCUAAUGUAUUCUUGCUUGAGGUGAAUCCUCAUAUUCCAAGGCUUUUGGAAGAACAGACUGAUGCUUGCAAAAGAGUUUUGAAUAUUUAUAGGUAUAUGGUGAUGAAUGUACGGAUGGACAGCAAUACAUGGGAACAACUUUUGGUAGUGCUUCUCCAAAUAACAUCCUUGGUUCUUGGGGAGACUCCCCCGAAAAAGAAAAUGCUUACAUUGGGUGGAAAACUAGCUCCAGCUAUUUUUCAAACUUUAAUAGUCACUUGGAUUAAAGCAAAUUUAAAUGUAUCAAUAUCCAGAGAGCUUUGGGAUCGAUUUUUAGAUGUUCUAACGUCACUCACUAACUGGGAGGAAUUGGUUAAAGAAUGGGCUAAAACUAUGGAAACCUUGACAAGAGUUUUAGCCAGACACGUCUAUAACCUAGACCUAACAAAUUUGCCUUUAGAUCGUCUAAAUGAUCAAAAAUGGAAACGUACUAAAAGAAUAACAUUGCGCCCUGAAACUAAUGCAUCUUCGAUUGCAAACAAUACCCAAAACGAUGGGUUACAUCAAGCAGUUUCCAGACAAGACUCUUCAGUACCCGAUGGUAAUAUUUUUUCAUCCAAAAGACUCAAAUCAAGUUUGUCAAGGAGCUUCAGUGAAACCAGUAUCAAUGUAAAAGUAGGAGCAACUGUAAGGAAGAAAUAUGCUAAACAUAGAAGAUCGAAAUCUUUGGAAUUCAUACCACCUCCUGAUGUAGAAUCAACUGAUCGUACUAGAUCACCAUCUCCAGCCCCAUCCAGUGGAAUUGAAAGCAGCUCUAUCAAAGAUUCUCCAAUACAAUUGGAUGUUUUAGCUGAAAUCCAUGGGGGCGAACAGUCUGGUGAACAUAGGGGAGUUGUAUGUGGUGGUUCAGUUAGGGGUUGGCUACCAGAUGUAGCUGUAAUACUUUGGAAACGAAUGUUAGGAGCUUUAGGCGACGUCAACCAAAUUUCUGAUCCAAAAUUACACGCCCAAGUGUUUGAUUAUUUGAUAAAACUGACAGACACUCUAAUAAAAAUCAAACAAAACCAAGGAGUUUCAAUGGAUAAUUUGAGUACACCUCUAGCACCAGAAUUAGUACCUCCAGUUACGUUGAUACUACCUUGGUGUUUUGGUGCCUUAAGUUUAUCAGAGAGCUACGAGACUGGAAAAUUAAAUGCUUUGAGAUUACUGAUUACUGUUAUGGUGAAUUGUGAUGCGAAAUAUCGUAUUUGUCUACCACAGUUUUAUGGUUUCAUGCAUACAGCUUUGACUGGGUCAACAAAAUCAACUAAAAACACAUCAAUAAAAUACCUAGGACCGCGUUUCUUAUCGCUUCAACUGCCUGGGUCUAGUUUGCUCCUACUAGACAUUGUUCAUGCUUGUAAUGACAUUUUAAAUUCGUCUGAAAAAUUGGAAUCCACUCCAAGAACUGAAGCCGUAUCGAUUUUGGCUAAUUUAUUGAGUUUACCAGAUGAUCUUAGCUCUAUAUCUGUACUACAGCCAGAGCCUAAUAUUACAAUAAUGAAUAAUUGUCCCGAUAUAAAGGAACACGUUGUAAGUAUUUUACUUAGAGCAGGUCGAAGGGAACCGACAGCUAAAGCUCGUUGUAUAGCCCUAUCUGGUUUGAGCAUGUUCAUCUACAAAGAACUAACUAAUCAUACAUUCCAUCCAAAAAUUGCUGAAGCUGUUAAUGUACUUUUGUUAGCCUUAAAGUUUAACAACAAAAUGAUUGCCCAACUAUCAAGCGACUUGCUAUUUUUACUCUGUGACCAUGCGGGUCUCUUAUGGACCCGAUACCCACGUCUCGGCAAUGCUGUAAUUAGUGAAUUAUGUGCGGCAUUGCUCAGUCAUGCUCCUUUGGGUUCUACUGCCUCAGAAAAUGACAGAUCUCUGGGUACUGCUUUGCUACUUUGUUUGGGUGAAUGGUGUAUGAGAUUGGGUACUCAAAGAUUGUUGGAACCCAAUGAAUACGGUGAACAACGUAGUAGCUGCCUUUUGCUGCAGGUUUUCACGGUCUUGCACAAAAUUCUAACAGGCGCAGCAUCCCAAUCAGGCCAGGGAGGUCUCACGCAACCCAGUUCAUCAGAUGAUUUUGACCCCACCAUAAUUUCCGAUGAUCUAUCCUAUCAUCGCAAUACGGUAACUGAAAGAUCGCCAAUGAAAAUCCAAUCAAAAAACGUCCAGUGUCAAAAGGCAAUAGCCUUGUGCGCUGAAACGGUUUUAGCGCAUUUGGUCAAUCAUUUGGGGCACUUUCCAAUGGCUAUUGGGGCGGCACGAUUGAGCUCUCUGGUGUCUGAACAUGACGAUGUGCCUAAUUUGUCUUCGGACGAUUUGUCGAAUGUUAUUUUUAACGUACCUAAUAUACAACUCUUUAUCCUUACAAAAAACGUAAUAGCAAGUCUUAUAGAACUUCCAGCAUUAGAUUCGCCAGGAGGUGGAGCAACUGCAGGCUUAGUUACAGCAGAUGAACAAGUGCGCGUUUUGUUAAGAGAUAUUUCUGGAAAAUCUAGUUGGGAUGCUUCUAUUUUGUAUCGAACUCCAGAAAAUAUUGAAGAAGACCAAGAUGUGUUUGUACCGUUUGGUUUAGGAGAAACUACUAGCAACGCUGGACCAGAGAGCCUGCUUAGUUCAGUUUUCAUACCGCAAAAUUUGCCGCAGAGGGCCAUGAGGCAUCGGGCGCCUAAUGUAUUACCUGAAGUAUCUAAUGCUGCACAAGAUUUGGAUCAAUUAGAUGAUCUACUUCAAUAUCUUGGCCACACUAGUCCAGAAUGUCUCGAAUCUCCUAAUGUUAAAUUAAACGAACCAGCAAUUCCUCCUUUAUUUUUGGAACUGGAACAAGAAAUUAUAGCUUCAGUUAUAUGCCAAAGAAAUGUGGAAGUGGAAGAGGCACGUUUAGUGCAACAUUCUUGCUCUAUGCUAGGGAAACCUGUCAGGAAGCCUUGUAGAAGAAAUUCAAGAAAAUUAAGUACUAGUUCGGAACACAUGUCUGUCCAUCAAAGUUCUUUUGGUACAAUAGAACCGAAUGCCUUCCAGCAAUGCAGGCUACUAUUUUCACAGUUGGGUUUGUCUGGCUGGGAUCGUAGAAAGCAAGUGCAUCUUUUAGAUAAAAAUGACAGAUUAUUGAGGGAACUUAGGAAUCUGGAUAAUCAAAGUUGCAGAGAAACACAUAAGUUUGCAGUAAUAUACGUUGCUCCUGGACAAGAAGACAAAAAUUCGAUUCUUUCUAACCAAAGUGGCAGUGCCUCGUACGAACAAUUUCUGGCGGCUUUAGCGUGGGAAAUCGAGCUGGAAUAUCAUACGGGAUUUUUAGGCGGUUUACAAAAGCAAGGUUCAACUGGUAUGACGGCGCCUUAUGUGGCUACCAGCUUUUUGGAGGCGAUUUUCCAUGUUGCUACUAGGAUGCCAGGAGAUAAUUCUGAGGCUGUACUUAGUAAGACAAGGCAUUUGGGUAACGAUGAAGUUCACGUAGUGUGGUCAGAACAUAACAGAGACUACCGUCGAGAUAUCAUUCCCACUGAGUUCUGUGAUAUUUUAAUAGUUAUUUAUCCUUUAGGAAACAAUUUGAAUAGGGUAACUGUAGACUGCAAAGCAGACGUCCCAUAUUUUGGUGUACUUUUCAAUGAAGCUAUAGUAGAGAGUAGCAUAUUAGCUGGGCUAGUUAGAGCUACUGCAGUUUGUGCUAGCAGAGCCAAAAGGAUGACUUACCAGUUUUAUCAACAGUAUUACGAAGAACGAGCACGCUCUUUAGACACAGUGGUAACCAAACACAAAUGUAGCGCCACUUUUGAAGAGUUCAUAUCAAAAGUAUACAGCCCAGUGCCUACACCAAGCCCAUUUUAUCCCUUUGGAUCUUCAACCACUUCCUGUACUGACAGCGCUUCUUGUAGCAAUAAUUCAUCUAUGUUGGCCGCCGCUUUAUUGGAUUCGUCACAUGGACAUUCACAUAAAGGAGGCCAAAGAUCGGAUCAGAAAUUUAGAGUCUCUGCAAAUGAACCGUCAAGAAACGUAUGGCUAAGCGGCCCCGAACAAAAUGUAGAAUCAAGCAUAUCGCCUAGGCCACUCAAAAAAAUUGGUGCAAAUUUGAAAAAUUCGAAAAAAUCACUCAAGCAAGAUCUUCUAGAGUCGCCGCCUGAAAGCCCUAUACAAAUGACGAAAAGAAAGUGAAAAAAUCAUGCUUCUAUACCAAUGCAUUUAAAGUUAGGCUGAAGAUUUGAAAAGGCAAAGAAUAUGAAUUUUUCAAAUCACUUGUUACAAUCAAAGUACAACAAAAAUUGUAUUGAUUUUAGUUUGCUAUUGCAAUCGUUUUAAAAUUUAUUGGAUUUUUAAUGAAGUUACAAACGUUCAUAGGUAUUAGCCUGUAAGAAAAACACCAAACUUGGUCUAAUUAUAUUUUGUUAAGUCAUACAUUAUAUUUAAACAUGUUGUAAUAAUAGUACUAACUUAAGCCCUAAAAAAAAUUACCCUAAAAGUUUAAUUUUAUUUAAAUUUUUCUACUUUUGUGACUGUUAUAUUUUAUUUUGUUUUUUUUUUUAAUGAUGCAUAUUUUCUUAUAUUAAUGUUUAAAAUUAUUGUUAUUUAUUAUUAACUAUUAUUUAUUUCUAGUAGUAACCCUCUAAUAACUUCGUCCUUAAUUUUUUUGCAUUUAUUUUCCAUAAAUAAAAUUAUGUAUGUCAGUAUUAAGACUGCUUAAUGCACCAUGAAAAUACGUUUUACAGUGAAUUUUUAUAAGCGAAUAUACAAUGAAUCUCGGUAUUGGGGGAUUUUGGUAUUUUUAAUUAUUAUUAAUCUACUUGCCAGAUCAGUUCAAGAAAUUUUAGGUCAUUUUUGUUCCGUCCGAAAAUAUUUGAUUGUUUUUCAUUUGGAUCUUAAAACGAAGGUGUAUUCGCUAAUAACAGUAUUAAUUUAUUUUGUCGUUUAUUGAAUUCUAUGAUUAAAAAUUAAUCAUCAGAAUGUAUAGUACUUACAUUAUUGAAAGCUUUAUAAAGGUAGUAUGUAAUAAAAUAAAAACUCUUUUCACCAGAUUUUGUUUUUAUUUAUUGGAAAUAAGUUUCUGUCUGACUAAUCAUGUCAUCAGUGAAACCGAUGAAGCUAUUGUUUCUUCUAUUUAGAAUAUCUCUUCACUUUUAGGCACUAUAGAGGUAAAGUUCGAGUAAGACUUGUUUAAGGUAUUCUCUUUGAUUCUUAAGAGCUUCUAGUGUCUUCUAUCUACAGGGCCGCCGCUAGGGUGUUAGCCGCCUGUGUGCAAAGACAAUUUUCGCCGCCUUACUCCCAUCUAAGUACAAAACUUUAAUGUAUGAGGACCUUGGUAAAGACGAAGGAAGGAUCACACAAAAGGAAGACGUGCAUCUGUAGGGACGUCACAAAGGUAUCGGCGCUUGACAAUAAUAGUUUAUAAUCCUUGGUUUGUGCGUCAAUCGUUCGUCGGCUGUCAUUGUCAUUGGCUG